AUCCAGACAGUUUCGAGGAUCAUCGAGGUUGGCCGAGAGUACCGCCUACCUCUCGUCCUAACCUUCGUUGACUAUGAGAAAGCGUAUGACAGCGCCGAGACUAACGCCAUAGUGUCAGCGCCGACGACCAAGCUUUUCCAUCGUCCCCUUAACAUACCAGAAGGGGUUUCGACAAGGCGACACCGUGUCGCCAAAGCUGUUUACUGCCGCGUUGCAGUGGGUGAUGAAUGGUAUCUCGGGCGUUCGAUGAACAUGGAGAACGAUCUGAAAGAAGAACUAAAUAGGAGACGAAGAGCAGCUUGGGCGCCUUCGGGCCCCUAA